AUGUCUUACCAGAAGAACGAGAAGGAUGUCCAGGAGCCGGCUAAGAGCCACAAGAUCCGCAUCACCCUCUCUUCCCGCAAGGUCCAGGUCCUCGAGAAGGUCUGCUCCGAGAUCAUCGACCGUGCUAAGAACAAGGACCUCCGCGCCAAGGGCCCUGUCCGUCUGCCUACCAAGCGUCUGACCGUCACUCCCCGCAAGACCCCUUGCGGUGAGGGUUCCAAGACCUGGGACCGCUUCGAGAUGCGCAUCCACAAGCGUCUCAUUGACCUCCACGCCCCCACCGAGGUCGUCAAGCAGAUCAUUGUCAACAUCGACGCUGGUGUCGAGGUUGAGGUCACCAUUGCUGCUUAA